AUGGCGAAUCCUGCGCCGAAUUUGGAAUGCCGGAUGUACGAAUCCAAGUACCCUGAGGUGGAUAUGGCUGUGAUGAUUCAAGUGAAGAACAUCGCCGACAUGGGGGCUUACGUUUCCCUCCUUGAGUACAACAAUAUCGAGGGGAUGAUCCUUUUCUCCGAGCUCUCUCGCCGUCGGAUUCGUAGCAUUAGUAGUCUCAUCAAGGUCGGCCGGAUUGAGCCCGUCAUGGUCCUCCGUGUCGAUAAGGAUAAAGGUUACAUCGAUCUUAGCAAGCGUAGGGUCAGCGAGGAGGAUAUACAGGCUUGUGAGGAGAGGUACAACAAGAGCAAGCUUGUUCACUCCAUUAUGCGCCAUGUCGCCGAGACUGUUGGGGUCGAUUUGGAGGACCUAUACGUAAACAUCGUCUGGCCUUUGUAUAAGAAGCAUGGCCAUGCUUUUGAGGCUUUCAAAAUCGUUGUGAAUGAUCCUGAUUCUGUUUUGAAUACUCUCACCCGGGAAAUCAAAGAGGCAGGACCUGAUGGUGUGGAGGUGACUAAAGUUGUUCGGGCUGUGUCUGAAGAAUUGAAAGAUGCGUUGGUCAGAAACGUUAGGAGAAGAAUGACUCUGCAGCCAAUGAAGAUUCGCGCUGAUAUUGAGUUGAAGUGUUUUCAGUUUGAUGGAGUUAUCCACAUCAAGGAAGCCAUGAAGAAGGCAGAGGCUGAAGGUAGUGACGACUGUCCUGUCAAAAUCAAGCUUGUUGCUCCACCACUUUACGUUCUCACAACGCAUACCCUUGACAAGGACAAAGGAAUAGUGACUCUGAAUAAAGCAAUUGAAGCAUGCAUUACUGCAAUAGAGAAACAAAAGGGGAAACUCGUCGUUAAAGAAGGUGCUCGUGCGGUGAGUGAACGCGAUGACAAAUUGCUUGCUGAGCACAUGGCUAAGCUCAGAAUGGAUAAUGAAGAAAUCAGCGGAGAUGAGGGAAGCGAAGAAGAAGAAGAAGACACUGGAAUGGGAGAAGUUGAUAUCGAUGGAGGUAGCGGACUAAUUGAAUGA